AUGUCACCAGCAGCAUCAACAAGAUGGUGUCCAACACCAGAACAAGUGAUGAUCUUAGAGGAAAUGUAUAGAGGAGGUGUAAGAACUCCCAAUGCAGCUCAGAUACAGCAGAUAACUGCCCAUCUUUCUCAUUAUGGUAAAAUUGAAGGUAAAAAUGUGUUUUAUUGGUUCCAAAAUCACAAAGCUAGAGAUAGACAAAAACUUAGAAAGAAACUUCUUGGUAAACAAUUUCAACAUCAACAAAUCUUGUUUCCUCAUAAUACUUUCCCUUAUCCUCCCUUUGAUCAAUUACCUCUUCCUCACCAUAAUACUUAUCUUCACUUUGAUCUCCCACCACCACCACCACCACCACGACCUCCACUACCUUGUUUUAAUCCCACGCCGUCUUCCCUUAGCUUGUUUAAUCAACUUCCUCCUCUCAAUUUAUCUUGCUUUGCAGCUCAUCAGGGACGAGCUGAAGAUGUAGUGAAAGGAGUGACAAAUACAUUUACUUGGAAUUCAGAUGAAAAUUAUGGAAGGGAAAAGACAAAGCCAUCAUCAGUGAUGAGGAUUAUCACAAAUGAUGAUGAUGAUGAUGAUCAUCAUCAAGAUAAGAAUAAUAGUAAGAAUGAUGAUGAAAAUGAUGAAUAUUCCAGAACAAGACGCCUCAAAACACUAGAGUUGUUCCCAAUCAAAGACAAGACUUCUCUCAAGUAGUCUCCCAAUCUCUUUGUCUUUGUAGGCCGGGAA